AUGGUCUUUCUCGGGAUUCUCAACGACACCAAGCUCCCCCAUGUGCCAGGCACGGUCAUCCUAGAGGAGGAUGCCGCUCACUCUGAGGCGACGACGGGCGGGCUCAAGCAUGGCACUGGCCGAAAUGCGAACAUUGUGCUGGUUCCGCAGCCUUCGAACGACCCGAACGACCCCUUGAACUGGCCGAUGAGCAAGAAACUGACCGCCUUGGGCAUCAGCUGUUGGGGAUCCAUCCUCUACGGUGCUGUGGUCAGCGCGAUGCUGAACUCGGCGUUCGCCGAGAUGUCGGUGGAAAUCAACACCACCAUUGCCGACCUCGUCCUCACCUCUGGGUAUCAGACUCUCGUGGUCGGGGUGACUGGCCCGCUGUUCUCAGCCUUGUCACGGAAAUGGGGCAAACGACCGAUUUUCCUACUGGCCUCCAUCAUCUGCUUGGUGGCUGAUAUUGUAGGCUCGUGCGUGAACAGCUACCAGGGCGUUUUGGCUUCGCGGAUUCUUCAGGGGUUCGCGAUUGCCCCUUACGAGUCGUUGAUCUUCACGCUGAUCAGCGACCUGUUUUUUGUUCACGAGCGCGGCGUUUACGCUUCAUGCAUCAAUUUCAUCCUGGCGGGUAUUUCCAACCUCACCGGUGUUAUCGCUGGUCCUAUCACAUCCAACCUUGGUUGGCGAUGGCUGUACUAUCUCCUCGUGCUCUUUGGCGGAAUACAGACCAUCUGCCAAUACCUUUUCGUGCCCGAAACCAGCUACAACCGGGACCAGCGGUACGAGAUUGACGAGAUCAAAGAUGACAACCUGCAAGACCUGGCGGCCCUCGAGUACCAGGAGAAGCUAAACUCUGAAAAGUCCGCCGGCACGGCCACGGCAACGCACGCCGAAGACGGCAACGUGUCUCGCAUAUCUUCCCGCGAGGUGGCCCCGCCCGUCUACCACAAGAAGACGUUUGUGCAAGAACUGGCGAUUUUCAGCGGGACAUAUUCGAACGAGAACUUUUUGGCGCUCAUCAUUGCCCCGUUUGCCGUGGUGUUGAACUUGGCCGUCAGCUGGAUUCUGAUCAUGAACUCGAUGUUCGUGGUGCUGUAUGUGGUCAUCGCAUUUACGCUGGCCCAGCUGUUCUCGUCUCCCCCCUAUCUGCUCACGCCCGCGAGCAUUGGAUACCUUUCGCUCGGCCCCUUUGUGGGCGGCGCUUUGGGAUCCAUCAUUUUGGGAGUUAUGUCCGACCCGCUGAUCAAAUGGUGCGCCCGACGCAACCGCGGCAUCUACGAGCCGGAAUAUCGUCUGAUCCCAUGCGUACUGGGGGUUUUGGCGGGCGUCGGUUUGUUUCUAUUUGGGCAUCUGGUGUCCACAGGCGCGUCCCCUUAUGCUUGCGCCACCGCCCACGGCCUGAUGCUAUUCGGUGUCAUGUUCGCCUGCAUUUCUACUUCGAAUUACGCUCUGGAUGCCUACCGCGGCAUGGCCAACGAGAUCUUCAUCGCCAGCAUGGCCGUCAAAAACCUGAUUUUGUAUGGCUUUAGUUAUUUCGUCAACAACUGGACUGCCCAGGUCGGACCCCAGCAUGCCUUUUAUGUCUGGGGCGGCGUCGGCUUUGCACUGAUGGCUACCUUGCCCGUCGCCUUCUUCUUCGGCAAGAAAUACCGCAGCUUUUGGGCCAGACAGAAUCUCUUUGAGAGAUUGCAUAUUAGGACGCAUGAGGAGUGA